UACAACCUUUCCUUUUUGUGCCGUCUCUCUCUCUCUCUCUUUCCCUCUCUCUCUCUCUUCGAUUUUUGUUUCUCUCUGAAUUCUCGCGUUUUCUCUCUCUAGAUCGAGAGCCGGCUCGAAUUCUGUCUCUGGGUGGAUCUGUGGUUUGAUUAGAUCGAUUAAUCGGGUUGGGGAAAACCCUGGAGUUGGAAUUGGAUUGGGGUGUGGGGGAAUUAGGGUUUGGGGAUUGGUUCAAUGGUGGGGGCUAGAGUUUGGGAUCGAUCUAGGGUUUUGUGGGGAUUGUUCGGAUUGGGGAGGAAUUGAGUGGUGGGGGGGAAUCGGCGGGAAUAGAGGUUGGGAAUUGAUGGUACUCGUGGAAGGGAUCGAAGGUGGGAUCGAAGGAGGGAAAGGGAUUGGGGAAAAUGCAAGGCUAUGCAUGGGCGGGCUAGUGAGGAGAGGAAACGGAGUCGGCACAUGUGGACAGUCCCCACGCGUGCGAUCGUAGCUGCCACGGCCGAUGGUUCUUCUUCUUCAACUUUGUCUUCAGCUGAUUCGUUUUGCAAGGACGGACGCAAGGUCAGUGUUGGUGACUGUGCUCUCUUCAAACCACCUCAGGAUACCCCACCUUUCAUUGGAAUAAUUCGUUGGUUGACUGUUAGUAAAGAGAAUAAGAUAAAGUUAGGUGUGAAUUGGCUUUAUCGGCCUGCUGAAGUAAAGCUUGGCAAAGGCGUGCUGUUGGAAGCCGCGCCAAACGAAAUCUUUUAUUCUUUUCAUAAGGAUGAGAUUCCUGCUGAAUCGAUACUCCAUCCGUGUAAAGUUGCAUUUCUUCCCAAAGGUGUUGAACUUCCAUCAGGGAUUUUGUCAUUUGUGUGUCGGCGGGUUUAUGACAUCACAAACAAGUGUUUAUGGUGGCUAACUGAUCAAGAUUAUAUUAAUGAACGACAGGAAGAGGUAGAUCAGCUGUUAUAUAAGACGCAGAUACUAAUGCAUGCAACAUUGCAGCCAGGUGGCAGAUCUCCAAAGCCAAUGAGUGGCCCAACAUCAACAUCACAGUUGAAAGCUGGCUCAGAUAGUGUCCAGAAUAGUGCCUCUUCUAUUCCUUCUCAGGUUAAGGUAAAGAAAAGGGAGCGGGGAGAUCAGGGAUCUGAGUCUGUCAAACGAGAGCGAACUACAAAAACUGAUGAUGGGGAUUCUGGUCAUAGUAGACUGGAAAGCAAUUUGAAAUUAGAGAUUGUAAAAAUUACAGAAAAAGGAGGGCUUGUAGAUUCUGAAGGAGUCGAGAGACUGGUGCAGCUCAUGCUACCUGACAGAAAUGAGAAAAAAAUAGAUUUAAAUGGGCGGUCAAUGCUUGCUGGUGUUAUAGCAGUGACAGAUAAGUUUGAUUGCCUUAAUCGGUUUGUGCAGCUCAAGGGUCUGUCUGUAUUUGAUGAAUGGCUCCAAGAAGUCCAUAAAGGGAAGAUUGGUGAUGGAAGUAGCCCCAAGGAUGGUGAUAAAACUGUGGAGGAGUUUCUCUUUGUUUUGCUUCGUGCUCUUGAUAAGCUGCCUGUAAAUCUUAAUGCCCUGCAAUUGUGCAAUAUUGGAAAGUCUGUGAAUCAUUUGCGCACUCAUAAGAACUUGGAAAUCCAGAAGAAAUCAAGAAGUUUAGUUGACACGUGGAAGAAACGUGUUGAGGCUGAAAUGAACAUCAAUGAUGCAAAGUCCGGUUCAAAUCAGGCUGUCCACUGGUCUGCAAGACCACGCACACCUGAGGUUUCCCAUGGAGGGAACAGACAAUCGGGCACAUCCACUGAUGUUGUGAUAAAGAGCUCAGUUACACAGCUUUCUUCAUCCAAAACAGCUUCAGUAAAGCUUGUCCAGGGGGAGAGUACCAUCAGGUCUGCAUCCGCAUCUGCAUCUCCAGGAUCUGUGAAAUCUGUACCAUCACUUACACCAGGGAAUACUAACUUAAGAGAUGCCCAGGCUCGGAAUGCUGUUGGUGGUGCGUCUGAUCUCCCUCUGACAACAGCGAGGGACGAGAAAAGCAGCAGUUCUAGUCAGUCUCACAACAACAGCCAAUCAUGUUCUAGUGACCAUGCUAAAACAGGGGGAGUUUCGGUGAAGGAGGACGCAAGGAGCUCUACUGCUGGUUCAAUGAGUGGAAAUAAGAUCUCGGGUGGUUCUUCACGGCAUCGGAAAUCAAUCAAUGGAUUCCCUGGCACAGUAUCUGGAGUUCAAAGGGAAAUCAGUUCAAGCAAAAGUUCCAUGCACAAAAAUCCAGCUUCAGAAAAAGUAUCACAGUCUGUUAUGUCGUCUGCAAAGACGCUUGAUGGGCCCGUUGUUGAGGGUAACAUUCACAAAUUGAUAGUUAAGAUUCCAAAUCGUGGUCGAAGUCCUGCACAAAGUGCCAGUGGAGGAUCAAUUGAAGACCAUCCAAUCAUGAAUAGCAGAGCUUCUUCUCCUGUACUUUCUGAGAAGCAUGAUCAGUUUGAUCGUACUCUGAAAGAAAAGAGUGGUACUUCUCGAGCUAAUAUUACUGCGGACGUGAAUACUGAAUCCUGGCAAAGUAAUGAUUUCAAGGAUGUACUGACUGGGUCUGAUGAGGGUGAUGGAUCCCCUGCAGCCAUUACUGAUGAAGAGCGUUGCAGGACAGGCGACGACAGUAAAAAAUUGGCAGAAGCUAAAGCUGCUUCCUCGUCAUCAGGGAAUGAACAAGAAUCAGGGAAUUUGCAGGAGGCUUCUUUGCGCUCCAUAAAUGCUUUAAUUGAAAGUUGUAAGUAUUCUGAAACUAAUGCAGCUAUGUCCAUUGGAGAUGAUGUUGGAAUGAACCUCCUUGCCAGUGUGGCUGCUGGAGAGAUGUCCAAGUCAGAUAUGGUCUCACCCACUGAUUCUCCACAAAGAAACACACCUGCAAUCGAGCACUCUUGCUCAGGUACUGAUCCCAAAGUUAAAUCCUCUCCAGUAGAUGACCUUGCUCGAGAAGAAAGCCAGUCCAAUGAUGGUGCUGAUGAUGAGCAUGAGAAGCAGGGUGUUAUUUCUGACAAUAUUGGGCCUAAAAUUAGAGAAGGUAAUUCUGCCUAUUUGGUGUCUGAGGAGAAACCCAGAGGAGACUACCAUGGAGAUUUAAAUUCUUCUGGUAGGGAUUUGCAGCAAACUGCAGAGACAUGCGUAGAAAGUGAUAGAAAACCUACUGAAAUAACAGUAUCUGCUUCAAUGGAUUCCUCCCCUGCAAGCACAAUAGAGAAAACUGUGGAUAUUGAAGGAGGCAAACCACUUCUGGAGGAAAAGACAGUUGGUGGGGUGAAGUCAGAUGUCACACCAGAUGUUAAAGAAAAGGCAAGUUGCUCUUUGUUGAAAGAAGAUAAGGUCAAAAAUGAAGUUCUAACUCUGGAGGUUGAGAUGGAAGCCAUUGAAGGGCUGAAUGGUUGUGUGCAGACAGAGCAGAAGCCACCAUCGUCCACAAUGCAUUGUGCAGAUGCGAAAGGAACCAAUGAGGAAGUGGUGCUUUCGGGUGGUGGGAAGGAUUUGCUCUCAGAAAAUGUUGAACUUAAGGCUGAAAAGAAUGAUGAAACAGAUGCCAGGACUUAUGUGAGUCAGGCUGACAAACAAAGACAUGAGCGGGAAAGUAAUGUUGCUGAUCAUGGUGGUGAUUAUGUGGAGGAGAAUUUGGAAAGCAAAGAGAAUAAUCAACGGGGUAGACCAGCUCCUCACACAGUUUCAUCUGCUGUUGAUGUGCAAGAAAAAGAACAGCCUGAAAGGUCCUGGGGUUUGAAGUGGACCGGCACAGAAGUAGAUGAUGCAGCGGAAUGUAUUUCAACCAAUGCAGAUGUUGCUUCUAUGUCUGCUGCUGGGGUGUCAGAUACGGAUGCAAAAGUGGAAUUUGAUUUGAAUGAAGGCUUUCCUGUUGAUGAUGGAAAAUUUGGGGAAGUGAAUGACUUGCCAGUACCAGGAUGUUCUGCUGCUAUUCGUUUGGUUAGCCCAUUACCUUUUUCUGUUUCUUCUGUGUCUAGUAGCCUUCCUGCUUCAAUUACGGUGGCUUCUCCUGCAAAAGGGCCAUUUGUUCCACCAGAUGACCUACUGAAGAGUAAAGGGGAGCUUGGUUGGAAGGGAUCGGCAGCCACUAGUGCAUUUCGACCAGCUGAACCCAGGAAGGCUCCCGAAAUGCCUCAGGCCACUGCAAACAUUCCUUUUCCUGAUUCUACAGCUGGCAAGCAGAGUCGCCUUCCUUUGGACAUUGACUUGAAUGAACCUGAUGAAAGAAUCCUUGAGGAUUUGGCUUCACGAAGUUCUGCACCGGAUCCUUGUUCUUCAUCUGUCCCAACAAAUAAUCUUGAAAUUUCACGUGAGCGACUAAUAGGUUCUGGAUCUGUUCGUGGUUCUGGGGGACUUGAUCUUGAUUUGAAUCGAGUUGAUGAUGCUUCUGAUAUCGGGAAUUACUUAACAGGCAAUAGUCGUAGAGUGGAUGUCCCGCUUUUGCCAGUAAAAUCACCAUCAGGCAGUGCUCUUCUUAAUGGUGCCGUGAGUGGAUGCAGGGACUUUGAUUUGAACAAUGGGCCUGUAGCUGAUGAGGUGUGUGCUGAACCAUCACCGUUUGGCCAGCAUGCUAGGAGCAAUCUGCCAUCUCAUCUGCCUUUUUCUGGCCUUAGAAUGAACAAUACAGAAAUGGUGAACUUCUCACCAUGGUUUCCUUCAGGAAGCACUUAUUCUGCUGUCGCUAUUCCGUCAAUUAUGCCUGAUAGAGGGGAACAGCCUUUUCCCAUUGUUGCAACUGGUGGACCGCAAAGGGUGUUGGGUCCCACUGGUGGCAGCAGUCCAUUUAGUUCUGAUGGCUACAGGGGGCCGGUGUUGUCAUCCUCUCCUGCAGUGCCCUUUCCCUCCAGUCCUUUUCAGUACCCUGUCUUCCCAUUUGGAACCAGCUUUCCAGUGCCAUCAGCCACUUUCUCAGGCGGUUCAACACCAUACAUGGAUUCAUCAUCUGCUGGGAAGGUUUGCUUCCCUGCAGUUCGUACACAGUUUUUAGGACCUGCUGGUGCUGUUUCAUCCCAUUACCCUAGGCCUUAUGUUGUUACUUUCCCUGAGGGUAGCAGUAACAGUAGUGCUGAGAGCAGUAGGAAAUGGGGAAGGCAGGGUUUAGACCUCAAUGCCGGGCCUGGAGGCCUAGAUGUAGAAGGGAGAGACGAGACUUCUCCUCUUCCACCAAGGCCACUGUCUGUUUCUAGUUCACAGGCCCUAGCAGACGAGCAAGCAAGAAUGUACCAGGUGGCAAGUGGUGGUUUUAAGAGAAAGGAACCAGAGGGAGGUUGGGAAGGAUACAAGCAAUCUUCAUGGCAGUAGGAAUUUUUAAUGGCACAAUCUAGUGACCCAUGAAAAGCUUUGCUUUAGAGGAUGGGUGUUGGCUAAUCCCCAGAGGUUGUCAUCUGACUUGUGUGCUUUCGGAGGAUGGGAGGUAAGUGAGUUAUCUGAUGAUGUUCAUAGUCUCCGACCCCCGUCUCUUCGCUGUAUCAAAUUGUAUUUUAAAGGAAUCUGUCCGGGGCCGACGAGCUAGUUGUUCCUUGAAUUUGUUCUGGGUGGCUCCAGAUGAGUUUCCCCUUUGUAGAUAUUUUAACUGUUGGAAAGCAUGCGGUCUGUGUUGCCCAGACAUUCGAAAUUGGUGCCCUUACUGGUAGUCGGUGCAUCAGCUAUAUAUGCCAUUGGACUCAAAGCGUCCCUUCCUUUUCCCCCUUCCAGUUAGGGAGGUUGGACUGCUGAACUGCUUUUAAGCCAACACCUUUUGUAUGUGAUUUGAUGUUAAUUUAUCUCUCUUUACCUUUUUGGCUUCUC